CCGCCCCGAUGGCGGCGGAGGGAGAGGCGGACGUGGAGUGGGUGGUAGACAGCAUCGCCGGCUUUCUGCGCGGGCCCGCCUGGUCCAUCCCCAUCCUGGAGUUCCUGGAGCAGAAAUGCGCGGUUUUUGAUGAUGAAGAAGAAAGCAAGUUGUCCUAUACAGAGAUUCAUCAGGAGUACAAAGCUCUGGUUGAAAAACUGCUAGAAGGUUAUCUUAAGGAAAUUGGAAUUAAUGAAGAGACAUUUCAAGAAGCGUGUUCAUCUCCUCUUGCGAAGUCACAUACUUCACAGGCCAUUUUGCAACCAGUGUUGGCAGCAGAAGAUUUUAGAUUAUUUAAAGAAAUGAUGGUACAGAAAAAUAUUGAAAUGCAGUUGCAAGCCAUUAGAAUCAUUCAAGAAAGAAAUGGUGUGCUACCUGACUGUUUGACAGAUGGUUCUGAUGUGUUCACUGAAAUUGAACAACAAGAAAUGAAAAUACUCAGAGAGGUUCUUAGGAAGUCUAAGGAAGAGUAUGAAAUGGAGCAAGAAAGGAAAAGGUCUAAAGAGACGCAUGAUAAAUUGAAGUCAUCAGAUGUUACAUACAGCUGUCCCGGAUAUUCAAGAGAAGCAAAAGUUAAGGAAUCCACCGAAGAUAUUGAGAGAGUUGAUGAUUGUGAAGAAAUUGCAAAAUUAUCAUUAGAAGAAACAAACAAAUCUACUAAGGAAGAUUUAAGGCCCGUGCAUCCUCUACUAAGAGUGAUAGAACCUCCUCCGCAGUCUUCUGAACCUACUAAAGUGAAAGAAGAAAUUAAGAAAAAGGGAACUGGAAAUUGUUCAGAGAAUGCAACAAGAGAAGCUGGGCCUGAGGGAUUUAAUUUAUCAGAGCUUGAACCGCACCACCUCAGACAACGAGAAGAUUAUUUAAAACAGAAGCGAGAUACAUUGAUGGCUAUGAAGGAGUCAAGAAAUAAUCUACCAACACCAAAUAUAGAUCAGAAAGAAGAGGCAUUAUCUUCUAAAGAGGAAAUGUCAGAAGAGGAGAAGCAAAGACUACUGCUAAAGAGGAGAAUGCUUGCAGCAAAACUUAAAGAAGAAGUUAUUAACAAGCGCUAAGUUUCAAGAAUCUCAUUGUAAAAAUACUUGUGGACAAGAAUUGAAUCUCUUUUAGAAUAAAUUAUUUAACCAUAAACUGCUUGCUUUCAAACACAGUAUACUGUUGAUUUUCCACAAGACAUGAGCAACUCAUUUAUUCAUAUACAUAAUAUUUAAAACUAAAUUGCAUCCACAGUAGUAAAAACUUGAUUUCACACACUAACCCAGUGGGCCAAGUUUUUCUGAAGUGCUGACUUCUCUGGCAUCUGCUAGAUGCAUAGCACUUUAGAAAAUCAGGCUACCUAUUUAGGUAGCACCUAAUAAUUAUGAUGUAUUUUAUUACCAUAACACCUAGGAACCCUAGCCAUGAACCACAUUGCCCUUGUGCAGUAAGGACUUAGGAUCCUACCUUUAGGCACCUGUUUUUUUUAAAAGCUUUGCCAUAGCCACUUAUUUAAAAUUACACCUUUGUUCUAUUUAAUAUAUAAAAAAUUCAAACACCUCUACAUGUCGAUGGCUACUUCCUUUUUUCAAAACACAUACUAGAAAUGUUCAUAGCUUGGAAAACACCAUCUACAGAAUUCUUAAACCAGUUCUCUAACAGAGAUAAAAAUACAGAACUUGGUUCUUUUCCUUUUAUUAGUCUGUCAAAGAAACAUUACCCCUUUCAAGUGUCAAAUAUGAUAAAGUCUAAACAGGGAAACACCAUCUUGAGAGUUUUGUUUGAGACACAGGAAAUGAAGAUGAAGCUUCUGAAGUCAUGAGAAACAAACUUCAUACUAACACUAGAUUCCAUUGUUUUUAUAAAUCUUUUGGGCCAAUUUAACAGUAACUAAGCCUGUGUUUUGUGGCAAAGUACAACUUUUAAAAGUAAACAUUUGUUGUCUUGGUUAAAUAAAAUGUGAAAGCACUUA